CAUCUAUAUAUUCCCUUCUCCACUUCCCUUCUCUCUCUCUCUCUCUCUCUCUCUCUGUGAAUUAGUUGAAGCAUGGUACAAUCAAAGAAGUUCAGGGGGGUCAGGCAGCGUCACUGGGGAUCUUGGGUAUCUGAAAUUCGCCAUCCUUUACUAAAGAGAAGGAUAUGGCUAGGGACAUUCGACACCGCCGAAGAUGCAGCCAAAGCCUACGACCAAGCCUCCAUUUUGAUGAACGGCAGAAACGCCAAGACCAACUUCCCCGUAACACGCAAUUCGGAAGGAAAUCCAGAGACCGACGUCGAGAAGGCUUCCACGUCGUCAGUGGACUUAUCGGAAGCCCUGCGUGCGAAGCUUCGAAAAUGCGGCAAGGCUCCUUCGCCAUCUCUGACAUGUCUGAGGCUCGACACCGAGAAUUCGCACAUCGGAGUCUGGCAGAAACGGGCCGGGGCGUGCUCCGAUUCGAGUUGGGUUAUGACGGUCGAGCUGGAGAAGAAGAUUCAUGCUCGACCCGAAGAGGUGAUGGGCCGGCAAUCGUCGGAGUCGCCUCCAGCGGGUUCGGCAUUGACGGUUGAGAUGAGUGAAGAAGAGAGAGUUGCGCUUCAAAUGAUAGACGAGUUUCUGCAAAGUCCAUAGGCCGGUGACGCACUACUGUAGUAGAUGAUGAUGAUGAUGAUGAUCAUAUGAGAUAUAUAUAUAUAUAUAUAGACUUGCACUACUUAUCGCGAUUAUUAUUGAAAGAUUUGAAUCCUAUUAUUUUAAUAAA